AUGUUUAUCACUGUGCUUCAUGGAGAAAACAGGGCAGACAUUUUUAACAUUCACUGCAAAGUCCAGCGUCUACUAGAUGGCAUCAAACACCGCUGUGGCUGUGAGAAUGAAGAUGAGGUAGAGUUAGCAGAUGAGAGUGGCCAGGUAAAGAAUUUACUCCAAAACAAACACCGCUCUGCAGCUGAGCUUCUGGGAGAGCGAGAGACCUAUGUGCUCCUUGGUGUUGCAAGAGGUGAAAGGCCUUCAGUGAUAGAAUUUAAACCUCUAUUGAAAGAUGAUUGUAUCAUUAAUCCUAAAUUCCUAGCUAAACUAGAGAGUUGGCAAGACCACAAGACCCCCUCUCCAAGGGUAAAAUCCAGAAAGACCCUCAAAAAAGCAACCUUGGAUAUCCCAGCUGUCGAAGGUUUACGGAAUCAUUCACCCCAUGGCAGUAGAGCAAGGACACCCAUUUCAUCUCCAAAACAAAGCAGGAAAUGUUGA